UUCUCCGAGUAAAGCCGAGUGCAGAGGAUCAGCUGACUGAGAGACUCGGUGCUUCGAUGGAUCGUUUCUCAGUUUAGAGAUUAAAAAAUAAAUAAAGUCAGUUUGUGAUCAAUCGAUCGAUCAGGUGAACGCCGACAUGCCGUCGCUUCUGUUCUGCGGGCCGAAGAUGGCCGCCUGCGGGAUCGUGAUCAGCAUCUGGGGCGUCAUUAUGCUGGCCAUGCUGGGAAUCUUCUUCAGCGCCAAGUCUGCCGUCCUGAUCGAGGACGUCCCGUUCACCGAGGAGGACAUCCGUAAGGAUGCCAGCCCUCCUCAGAACAUCUACAACCUCUACAACCAGGUGGGCAUCAACUGCUUCAUCGCCGCUGCCGUCUACGUGGCCGUCGGCGCCGUCUCGCUCUGCCAGGUCCGACUCAACAAGCGGCAGGAGUACAUGGUGACAUAAGGAGCACCUCGGAGUUUUAACAAGUCUGAUUGGCUUAGAUUAAUGAGGGGGCGGGGCCAGGGUUAUUUAUUUUGAAUUUACCUGUUUGUUGUCGUUGUUGUUGGAUGAAAUGUGACAUGAUUCCUGUGAAUGAGUUCUUCCUGAAAGUGACCAAACCUUAGACAUUUAUUUCAUGAUUUAAGUGACGGGGUUAAGAGCAGAAUGGUCUGACCAGCCCUGAUACAGCACUACAGCGGUGCUUCCAGUGGUAGACCGUUCUUCAAAACACAAAACUUCACUCAUUUUUCUCUAAAACGACAGAAAGUGGGUCAGACCGCUCUGCUUCCAAACCCUUUGUAUUAAUGUCAGACACAUUGUCGUUUUAUCGACUCAGAAACAAACAUUGAGAAACCAAAACUUUACAGAAAAGAACAUCUGUUUGUCAUUAAAAUGGAUUUAAAAGUGUUGAUGUGACAAAAACAUCCUGCAAUAAAGUUUGUGUGUAAAACGGACAAA